CCCUCACCGCAUCUCUACUAGUCGACGGGAUUUAUAUAAUGUAGGUAGCUGGCAGCAAGUCAUCUUGUGUGGCGUGUGUGUGUGUGUGUGUGUGUGUGUGUCCGUUGUCCGCGUGUGUGGUUGUAUUUUCACCGUUUUCUCCCUCACUACUCCGCCCCCCUCCUCACAACCUACUUAUCCGGCCGUACACGAUCAUAAGCCGUGUCUUCAAAGGAUUCAACAUCUAACGCAUCAUGACCACCCACACGCUCCCCAACUCGGCAGACCAUGCCUUCGACUACAUCAUUGUCGGCGGCGGCACAGCUGGGUGCGUGCUCGCCUCUCGACUGUCAAGCUACCUGCCCGAGCACAAGAUUCUGCUGAUAGAGGCAGGACCCUCGGAUUUCAACAACAAUCAGGUACUCAACCUCCGUGAGUGGCUGUCCCUGCUGGGUGGUGAUCUCGAUUAUGACUACGGCACGACGGAGCAGCACAUGGGCAACAGCCAUAUCCGGCACUCCCGCGCAAAGGUCCUGGGCGGCUGCUCCUCCCACAACACCCUGAUCUCCUUCCGCCCCUUCCGCCACGACAUGGAGCGCUGGCUCUCCCAUGGUUGCAAGGGCUGGGACUUUGAAACCAUGACCCGCUUGGUCGACAAGCUCCGCAACACUAUCCAGCCUGUGCACGCCCGCCAUCGCAACCAGCUCUGCAAAGAUUGGGUGCAGACAUGCUCCACGGCCCUGGACAUCCCCAUCAUCCGCGACUUCAACGCCGAGAUCCGCGAGAAGGGCCAGUUGAACGAGGGCGUGGGCUUCUUCUCCGUCUCGUACAACCCCGACGACUGCAAGCGCAGUAGCGCGUCGGUGGCGUACAUCCACCCCAUCCUCCGCGGUGAGGAGAGGCGGCCAAACCUGACUGUCCUGACCGAGGCGUGGGUCUCCAAGGUUGUUGUCGAGAAUAGUGUGGCGAAGGGUGUCGACAUCACCUUGAAGUCCGGCGAGACGCGGACUCUCCAGCCCCGCCAGGAGAUCAUCCUCUGCGCCGGCGCCGUCAACACGCCGCAACUUAUGCUGCACUCGGGCCUCGGCCCCCGGGCCCAGCUUGAGAGCCUGGGGAUCCCUGUUGUGCAAGACAUACCCGGCGUGGGUGAGAACUUGCUGGACCACGCGGAGACCAUCGUCAUCUGGGAGCUCACGCGCCCGGUGCCGGACAACCAGACGACCAUGGACUCAGAUGCCGGCAUCUUCCUGCGCCGCCAGCCCAUCAACGCGGCCGGCAAGGACGGCGACGCGGCCGACAUCAUGAUGCACUGCUACCAGAUCCCCUUCACGCUGAACACGGCGCGGCUCGGCUACCCGCUCGUCCGGGACCGCUACGCCUUCUGCAUGACGCCCAACAUCCCGCGCCCGCGGUCGCGCGGCCGCGUCUACCUGACCUCGGCCGACCCCUUGAUCAAGCCAGCGCUCGACUUCCGGUACUUCACCGACGCCGAGGGCUACGACGCCGCGACGCUGGUGGCCGGCAUCCGCGCCGCCCGCAAGGUCGCCACCCAGAGCCCGUUCAAGGACUGGAUCAGCCACGAGGUGGCGCCCGGCCCGGACGCGCAGACGGACGAGCAGAUAAGCGAGUACGCCCGCCGCGCCGCCCACACCGUUUACCACCCGGCCGGCACGACCAAGAUGGGCGACCUCGCCGCCGACGAGAGCGCCGUCGUCGACCCGGAGCUGAGGGUCCGCGGGGUGCGCGGGCUGAGGAUCGCCGACGCUGGCGUCUUCCCUGAGAUGCCGUCCAUCAACCCCAUGCUCACCGUCCUGGCCAUCGGCGAGCGGGCCGCGGAGCUGAUUGCCGCUGAGCAGGGAUGGAAGGGCGAUGGGGUUACGCAGGCCAGGCUGUAGAGAUGGGAGAUUUCCCAGCUCGGAAUUGCUGCUGCAGGGUGCUUGCCAUAUAGAUCGGACAUUGCGUAGCGGGCACAGUCUGAUACCCGGCCUCUUUGGUUUCUCCAAGCAGUCACGCAAUUUUAGAUGCAUAGUAGGAUAGUAUCGUUGUUCAGGCUGGAUAUGAAUACAACUAAAACUGGGGACAGAUUCCAAUUGCAUGUGGAGGGC